AUGGGCAGAGAUUAUGGACUCAAUGGAAGCUUCCUCAUCUCUUCUAUGCAUGGUUUAAGUUGCUUGAUCACUAAGCCUACAAGUGAUAAAGGGAAGAAACAAGUUGAAAAGGAGAAGGAUAUGGAAGGAGAUGCAAAGGAUGAGACUUUGCCUCCGGGUUUUCGGUUUCACCCCACAGAUGAAGAACUCAUAACUUACUAUCUUCAAAGCAAGAUUUCUGACGCUGAUUUCUCAUGUAGAGCUAUUGGUGAUGUUGAUCUCAACAAGUGCGAACCAUGGGAUCUUCCAGGGAAAGCAAAGAUGGGAGAAAAGGAGUGGUAUUUCUUUAGUCUUCGAGACCGAAAAUACCCAACUGGUGUGAGGACAAACCGGGCAACAAAUACUGGAUACUGGAAGACCACUGGAAAAGAUAAAGAGAUCUUUAACAGUGUCACAUCACAGUUGGUAGGGAUGAAGAAGACAUUGGUUUUCUAUAGAGGAAGAGCUCCAAGAGGAGAGAAAACCAACUGGGUUAUGCAUGAAUAUCGUUUCCACUCCAAAGCUGCCUUUAGAGCUUCCAAGGAUGAAUGGGUGGUUUGCCGAGUCUUCCAAAAGAGCGCGGGGGUCAAGAAAUAUCCUUCAAACCAAUCGAGGGCAGCAAAUCCCUACAACCUCGAGAUAGGACCAAGUGUUAUACCUUCACAAAUGAUGCAGGCUGCAGAGAACUUCCAGCUCCCCAUUGGAAGAAACUACAUGAUGAGUAACGCAGAACUUCAGGCAGAGCUUACUAGGGUUUUCAGAGCUGGUGGAUCAACUGGUAUCAAUCUACCAAUGCAGUCCCCGUUGAAUAAUACUUACUCCGUUGGAGGAGGAGGUCCGGGAGGAGGAGGAUGCUUUUCUAUAUCAGGGUUGAACUUGAACCUUGGAGGGGCUGCAUCACAACCGAUGUUGCGUCCAAUGCCACCUCCGGUUAUGAAUCAACAAGAUGUAAUAACCUCUUCCAUGAUGACUAGUAGUAAUUCUUUUGCUUUAGAUCAGGCUGCAGCUUAUGGUGCAGAAAUGAACACUGCAAAUGGGCAUGCCAACAGAUUCAUGGGCAUGGAACAGUGCAUGGAUUUGGAGAACUACUGGCCUCCAUACUGAGAUCAGAUAGCAGAGAGAGGACAUUCAGAUGAUAAGCAAAUUUGACAAGGUUGUUAGAACACGAUAGAUUAAGCUUUAAUUAAGCAUGUUUUAGUUCAAAAUAUGUAUGUUUUGAUUUCUUAG